CAGACAUGGCAUUACGGACCUUGGCCUUCAAUAUUUGAAAUUUAAGAUGGAUAGCAACCCACGUGAUUUUCGUCGAGUAUACCGUAUGUAUCCGGAUUGCUUCAUGAAAUUGUGUAUGGUCUUGCGAGAACGUGGGCAUUUACAAGAUACACGGUAUAUCAGCGUUGAGGAGAUGGUUGCUAUUUUCCUACUCACCGUUACUCAAAAUCAACGAUAUUGCAUCACCACUGAAAGGUUUGAUCGAUCCCGAUUUGCCGUCAGUGUUUGUUUCAAUAAGGCACUACAGGCCCUUGUGUCAUUAGCCCCUUGUAUGAUGGCUCCUCCUCCUACUGAUCCACCAGAAAAGGUCACAUCUGAAUCUCGUUUUUGGCCUUACUUCAAGGUUUAUUUAUGUCUUAGUGGGAUGGGAGGGAUCUUCCAAUGACUCACGGGUCCUGAAGGAUGCAAUGAGUAGAAGUGCAUGUAGUCUUCCACUUCCAAAUGGUAAAUUUUAUCUAGUUGAUUGUGGUUACCCAAAUAGGCUACAAUUCUUGGCUCCUUAUCGGGGUACGAGGUACCACCUUAAAGAGUUUGGCCCAGCUAACAACCGUCAGCGACCACGCAAUGCUCAUGAGCUAUUCAACCAUCGACAUUCAUCACUUAGAAAUUGUAUUGAACGUAUUUUUGGCAUUUUUAAGUCUAGGUUUACAAUUUUUAAGUCUCAACCUCCAGGUUUUCCAUAUGAGACUCAAAAAAGUAUGAUCUGGGCAUGUAUCGGCCUGCAUAAUUUUCUGAAGAUGGAGAACUCCAACGAUGACUUUGAAGUUUCUGAUCUUCCUCCAGAGGCACCACGCAAUGUUGCUCCGAUUGAUGGUGAUUCUGAUGAGGACGAUGACCUACAAACUCAACAAGCACAAAGGACAGCUGCAUCACGUUGGAGAGAAUAAAUAGCAAACACAAUG